AUGGGCACCGUGGAGGCGGCGGGCGGCGCGGGCGCGGCGCGCAUCGAGGUGCCGCGGCCGCCCUCCAUCGAGGAGUUCACCAUCGUGAAGCCCAUCAGCCGCGGCGCCUUCGGCAAGGUCUACCUGGGCCGCAAGGCCGGGCGCCUCUACGCCGUGAAGGUGAUGAAGAAAGCAGACAUGAUCAAUAAAAACAUGGUUCACCAAGUCCAAGCAGAGAGAGAUGCACUGGCUCUAAGUAAAAGUCCUUUCGUUGUGCACUUAUACUACUCGCUGCAGUCAGCGAAUAACGUCUAUUUGGUGAUGGAAUACCUUAUUGGUGGAGAUGUCAAAUCUCUUCUCCAUAUUUAUGGAUAUUUUGAUGAAGAAAUGGCUGUAAAGUAUAUUUCUGAAGCAGCACUGGCUCUUGACUAUCUUCACAGACAUGGCAUAAUCCACAGAGAUCUGAAGCCGGACAAUAUGCUCAUUUCUAAUCAAGGCCACAUAAAGCUGACAGAUUUUGGACUUUCCAGAGUUACUCUGAACAGAGAGAUAAAUAUGAUGGAUAUCCUCACUACACCAUCAAUGGCAAAGCCAAAACAAGACUAUUCACGUACUCCUGGGCAACUAUUAUCUCUCAUCAGCUCUCUGGGUUUUCAUACUCCUGCUGGAAUUGCAGGGCCCAAUUCCCAUCAAGCUUCUGAUGGUUUCCAUGGAGUGGUUUCUCCCACAUCUCUGGUCCAAAAGGAAAAUACUCCUCUUUCAGCAAAAUUAUUCAAAACAUGCCUUGAUAAUUCUGCAUUCUCCCCUGGGAUGCCAGUGAGAAGUUUAACUCCAUCUCUGCUGCAUUCGAGAAGAAAGUUUGGUACCUCCAGUGCCAGCACACGUGUGUCCAGUAUGGAAUCCGAAUGCUGCAGCAGCCCAAGGUGGGAGAAAGAUGUAGAGCAAACUGAAGAUGAAUUGUGUUCUGCAGCAGGCAAUGCAAAUAACAGUGAGCCAACUCUCCCUUCUAAUGUGCAAUUACUGAAUGACAAAGAUAUCAAAGAGCUGAAGAAGAAAGAACUCGAGUCAGCCGUUUCUCCCAUCAGUAGCAAUGAUUCUGGCAGCAGGCAGAAAUUGGUACCAGAAUGUUCUGAUGUGAUGGGUACUCCUGUAACCACACUGGAUGCGAAAGGCAUAGUCAGAAAAUGUCUCUCUGAAAAUAAGAUUUGGGAAGAAAAACUUAACACGAAUAAAAAUGAUACGACUAAUGAAAAAGCAGAAACUUCCAGUCAGCAGCAGUCACCUUCAUGGAUGAAAGACCCUCUCAAGCCUAGCAAAGAGGAAGAAAUUUUUGAAAAACCUGGUGUUAAAAGAUGCUUUGAACUAGUUGACACUAGUCCUUGUCAGGAGCUUAACUAUGUUAAAAAAAGCAAUGCAGAAUAUAAGCGUGGCUGUCAAAUCUCAGAAUUUCAGGUAAAUCAAAGGUCAGGUUUGACAACAGAAAUUCAGUCCUUAAUGCUUCGUGAUGAUAGGUGCCUACAAGAGACCUGCRAAAGCAAGGAACAAGUGAAGGGUGCUACUGGUAGGCAGCAAGCACUAGAUAAAUCCGUUACUCCCCUAAUAGCUAAAAAUCUUAUGCGUGACCUGGAUGCACACUGUGACAAGGAUGAUAAGAAGGAGUUUAUGAAUUCCAGUUUCUUGGGCACAGAUGAUGAAAAGCCUCUAGGAAUCCUCAGUGCAGACUCUGAUUUAUCCUUUCCUGAAACGUCUGUUGCAGAGAGCCACUUAGAAAAGCAGCUCUUAGAUUUGGAUCAAAGUGUCAAAGACAUCUCCUUUGAAGAAGCAAAACCUGAAGGCGCCCUAAUAACAUCUCCAAGCUUGCAAGGCGCUUCACAAAGCGGAGAAGAGAGUGUUGUCCAGGACUGCAGGUCRUUGCAUCAUGCACAGGAUAAUGGCCAAAAACAUGGGACAGAAACUCACCUGGAGGCAGUAUCUUCUCCUUCAGAAAAGAUGAUGAAAGCAGUGAACCUCUUCAAGCGAAAUGCUGUUGCUUUCCGGAGUUACAACAGUCCAAUUAACGUGUCCAACGCAUCUGAGCCGUGUAGCAUGGCUUCCUUGGAGAUGAUGGAUCUUUCUCCUGCUUGUAGUGGAUCUUACCCCACAGCCAUCACUCCGUUACAGAAAGGAAGACCACACAGGGUGUAUCAGACCCCUCACCAGGGCGAUGCUGGCACGCCGUACAGGACCCCAAAAAGCGUAAGAAGAGGAGCUGCCCCUGUGGAAGGUGAACGGAUCUUAGGGACUCCGGACUACCUGGCACCUGAGCUGCUUUUGACAAAGCCUCAUGGAACUCUGACCUCUGGUUCUGCUGUGGACUGGUGGGCCCUUGGAGUUUGUCUGUUUGAGUUUCUAACUGGAAUCCCACCUUUUAACGAUGAAACGCCAGCACAGGUCUUCCAAAAUAUUUUAAAAAGAGAUAUUCCCUGGCCUGAGGGUGACGAAAAGCUGUCUGAUAAUGCCCAAAACGCAAUAGAUAUUCUUUUAACCAUUGACAGUGCUAAGAGAGCUGGACUGAAGGAGCUGCAACGCCACCCCCUCUUUGACGGUGUGGACUGGGAUAAUCUACAGCAUCAAACGAUGCCUUUCAUACCCCAGCCUGAUGAUGAAACUGAUACCUCUUAUUUUGAAGCUAGGAAUAAUGCUCAGCACCUGACAGUGUCUGGAUUUAGUUUGUAGCAUCAAGAUAAGAGAUUUUUUGCACACUUACAGGUUGUCCAAUAACACUAGUUUGGUCUUGCUAAGUUUUCUCGCCAAAUUUAGAGUGUUUCAAGUGAGCAAUCUGCUUUUACUAUUGAUUUCUUGAUUCUAAAGUGAAACUACUGUACAAAAUUUAGUGGGUAUCAAGUGCCUUUAUGCUACUUUUUAUUUAUCUCACUUACUGCACCUUAUUGAGAAGUCAGAGUGUUGUAUUUCUUUAACACUUUACUUGGCAAAACAUUGUUCUUUUGUUCACUGUUUUUAAGUGAUGUGCAAGCAUUUAGGAAGUGGGGAGCUGUUUUAUUCAUACAUGCUAAUUGCCUUAAGUACAACAUAGCUACCUGUGCUUCAACGUAGGCUCAUCUGAGACUCGUCCUUUGGAACCAAGUUGAAUAUAUGUCCUUUAUGCAAAACUGAUGUCCCCAUUCAUGGCGGGAAACUGAAGUCUUAACACCCUGUUGAAAUGCCUUAUUUCUCUGCUUAUCUCAUUCCACGAAAGGUUAAAAUGGGCAGUGCUGUUUGCAGUGAACUCAACAGUAGGUUCCUUGCAGUGUUGCAAAGGCUGCCCGUAGUUCUGCUGCUUCCCAUCCUUUGCUAGACAAAUGGGGUGCGGGAAGAAAACUUCAGGCAAUUCAUAUAUUCUUGGUUGGAGUUGUUGUAAUCAUUUAGACUUGGCCUUGAGGAAGGGCUUGAGCAGCAAAACACUUCAGCAGUUCUUGCUUUAACUAGAAAGCAUGGAGCAUGUGUGUGUGUUCAUGUUCUUCCUCAUGUCAGAUGUUAGAGAACAAAAAAAUCAUCUUAGUGUUGGCUGAUGAGUGAAGUGUUGUUGAUAUUGAAGCUGCUACGUAUUAAAGACUAAAUGUACUGCAAGUUCAUAGACUAUUAUAUUGUACGUUCACAGCCACAUUUUAGAUUUCCCUAGGAGCUGAGUUACAAGUCUCUUUCCAGUGUUAGACUUUGUAAUGAGGGCCAAAAAGCCUUUUAAGUAUACUUCAAAAAUGCAACAUGAGAAAAUGCGUGGGGUUAGAUUUUAAAGGGUUGCUGUAGCUAAAAGAUGGUAAGUUAAUUAGUAUUAAUUUUUGUUCUUUUUGAGUUGUCUCAUUGAAGAUUUUUAUUUUGCAGGUUUGUGCUGUCAGUUAAGCGAUGGCAGGUGCUGGGUGGCAGUGCGAGCCCCGCUGGCUUCGUGCCGCGAGCCUAGCAAUUUGCUGUGACUUCCUCAGGCUGCUUUCCAGGCUUGGAGAAUUCACACUCCAUGGCCAGGGCAGGGAGCUGUCCCUUCCUUGCAUAGCUUCCUGCAACAUGAGACUUAAGGAAUGGGGUUUUGAGUCAAAAAUCCCUAUGUCCGCUAGGUUUCCUGCUUGUCCUUUCAGGUAGCUAACAAAGAAUUGGGAAGGGAGAGGGGAAAAUCCUAAUUUCUUUGAGGUGGCUGAAGAGCUACUCGCUAACAGUGCAGAAUGCUGGUGUUACCCUGCACGGGGCCUGCAGCUGGGGCCCAUCAUAGUGAAGCAGAAGGUUAGAAAGCUGCCAGACCUGGUGAGCAAACCUGCUGCCCUCACUAAGGCAGCAGCUUCUGCAGCCUCUGACGUGUUAAACUGCUGCGUGGAAAGAAGGAGGGGAGAACUGCGUGGGGCGCGCUAUGGAGGCAUGAGCAAUAGAAGACUAAGGAGCAGAAGUUCUUUAGUUCAUGUUAAAAAUGCAGGCCACUUUGUGUAUGUGGAAUGUGCUGAAC